CGCCGCGGAGGGACAUGAGCCGCUGGAGCGGCGGCAGCAGCAGUAGCAGCAGCAGCGCCCCGGGCCCGCGCGUGUGAGCCCGGCCGGCCGCGAUGUCCCGCCGCAAGAUCUCGUCCGAAUCGUUCAGCUCGCUGGGCUCGGAUGGGCUGGAGACGAGCCCGGAGGACGAGGGCGAGUGCCCGCUGGCCCGCUUGUGCUGGAACGGCAGCCGCAGCCCGCCCGCGCCGCCCCCUCAAACCAUACGGCAGACUCUCCAAAGGACGCUGCAGUAUUAUGAGCAUCAAGUUAUUGGUUACAGGGAUGCAGAAAAGAACUUCCACAAUAUAUCAAACAGAUGCUCGUAUACAGACUACUCUGGCAAUGAUGAAGCUGAAGAUGUCUCAGGAAUUCUCCAGUGUACAGCUAAUAUACUCGGUUUGAAGUUUGAAGAAAUGCAAGAAAAAUUUGGGGAGGAAUUCUUCAAUAUCUGCUUUGAUGAAAAUGAAAGAGUUCUUCGAGCUGUAGGUGGCACCUUACAGGACUUCUUCAAUGGUUUUGAUGCUUUGCUGGAGCACAUUAGAACUUCAUUUGGAAGGCAGGCCACUCUGGAAUCCCCUUCUUUCCUAUGCAAAGAGCUUCCUGAAGGCAGUCUUAUGCUCCAGUACUUUCACCCACAUCAUAUUGUUGGAUUUGCAAUGAUGGGGAUGAUAAAGGCGGCAGCAAAAAAGAUUUACCAUUUGGAAGUGGAAGUGGAACAAAUCACUAAUGAUAAAUUGUGCUCAGAGGGGUCAAACCCUGGUAACUGCAGCAGUCUUACUUUUCUUAUCAAGGAACGUGAAAAUGCAAAUAUCACAAAAACAGUUCCACUAGGAACGUCCCAGUCCCCCUCAGACCUGAGGAUAAGCAUCAGCACCUUCUGCAGAGCUUUUCCCUUCCAUCUGAUGUUUGAUCCCAACAUGCUGGUGCUCCAGCUUGGGGAAGGUCUUAGGAAACAGCUCAGAUGUGAUGUUCACAAAACAUUGAAAUUCCAGGACUGCUUUGACAUAGUUUCUCCGAAGAUCAGUGCCACAUUUGAACGAGUCCUCCUGAGAUUAUCAACCCCAUUUGUGAUUCGGACCAAACUUGAGGCUUCUGGCUCUGAAAAUAAAGAUAAGGUGAUGGAAAUCAAAGGCCAAAUGAUCCACGUGCCUGAAUCAAAUUCCAUUUUGUUUUUGGGUUCCCCUUGUGUGGACAAGCUAGAUGAACUGAUGGGCCGAGGCCUCCAUCUUUCAGACAUACCUAUCCACGAUGCUACCCGUGAUGUCAUACUGGUUGGGGAGCAGGCAAAGGCCCAAGAUGGCUUGAAAAAACGAAUGGAUAAAUUGAAGGCCACAUUAGAAUGUACACACCAAGCUCUGGAAGAGGAAAAAAAGAGGACAGUAGAUCUUCUGAUUUCCAUUUUCCCAGAAAAUGUGGCUCAACAAUUAUGGCAGGGGCAGCAAGUUCAGGCCAGGAAGUUUGAUGAUGUCACCAUGCUCUUUUCAGACAUUGUUGGCUUUACAGCUAUCUGUGCCCAGUGCACACCCAUGCAGGUGAUCAGCAUGCUGAAUGAGCUCUAUACUCGAUUCGACCAUCAGUGUGGAUUCCUCGAUAUCUACAAGGUGGAAACAAUAGGUGAUGCGUACUGUGUUGCAGCAGGGCUUCAUAAAAAGAGCCUUAGCCAUGCUAAAGCCAUUGCCCUGAUGGCUCUGAAGAUGAUGGAACUUUCAGAAGAGGUUCUUACUCCAGAUGGGAGCCCUAUUAAGAUGAGAAUAGGCAUUCACUCAGGAUCGGUUCUGGCUGGAGUUGUUGGGGUUAGAAUGCCACGUUAUUGUCUCUUUGGAAACAAUGUCACGCUUGCAAGCAAGUUUGAGUCAGGAAGUCACCCACGACGCAUCAAUGUCAGUCCAACCACAUACCAGCUUCUGAAAAAAGAAGAAAACUUUAUCUUUAUCCCUCGGUCCCGUGAAGAGCUUCCAGAUAACUUUCCAAAGGAAAUUCCUGGGAUCUGUUAUUUCCUGGAGGUCAGAAGUGGUCAGAAGCAGCCAAAGCCUUCCAUCACAUCUGCCAGAGUGAGAAAGGUUUCUUACAACAUUGGCACUAUGUUCCUUCGAGAGACUAGCCUAUGAGGCCUGCUGCAGAUCAAAGACUCGUCAAAAAAGCACAAGCCCAGAACUGGGUCAUGACAGGAGAGUUGGAGAUUCUUUCUGUUUCACUGCCUUGUUCUGAACAAGCAGUAAAAGCUUGGUGUAAUGUGAGGCAAUAAUUAUUUUAAAAGGUGGGUGACUGCUGUCAUUAAACAACCUGGAAAGAGGGAAAAAAAGAAACAAAAUACUUCCAUUUCCUGAGGAAUUAUUGGUCAUAAAUUUAAAUCUGGCCCCUAACAAAAAACCACACACAUACUCAAAUCAAUAUAAAUAUUUGAGCUUGAUUUUUUUCUCUACAGAAAUAGAUGGUGGUUCUCUGUAGAUUUGCACCAGCUAAGCAGAAUUGAGAGUCAGUUCUGAUUAUGCAUUCCUACAUUUAAUGUGUUAUUCAGUAAGGUAACAAUGUUUUUUAACUUUAUGAACAAACAUUUCAUACAUAUACUGUAGAGUUGCUGUAACCUUCCUGACAGGAGGAAUUAUAAUUCAGUACAAUAUUGUAGGGAUUUUACCUCUUUUUAUACAUAUUUCACUUUCUGUACGAUUACAUUCUACACACUGUAAAAUGAGUGAGCUUAGUCAGCUUUUCAGAAUAAUCUACUGUAUAUUUCAUGUACUCUAUCAGAGCGUAUUGUUAUACACAUGGUAAGAAGUCAUUUUUUGACUUUUGGCAACAAUGAUACCAAUAUUUUGCAAAAGAAGAAAUAAUACUUUGGUAAAUCUCUUUCCCUGAUAUGUAAGUUUUAGAUGAGCACUGUCUUGCAUAUAUGAAUGAUGUUUGAUCUUUGUCCUACUAGUGAUGUGUGUCCAGUCUUUUCAGGACAAUGAAAACCAAGGCUAAAAGAUUAGUGUCUUGAUUGAUAGAAAAAGGACUCUUGCACACGAUGGACCAUAUCUCAUACCAUCAGUUUUUAGAUAGAAGUAACCAGUGGAGUCUUUUAUUUAAAAACUGCUGGUAUGUUGUAGCAUAUUAAAAAAAGCUCUCCAAAACACAUUUGAAACACUAUGGAUGGGGUUUUUUAUUCACUUUGAAUAGGACUUAUAUUCAUAAGCCACUUAAGACGUUUUGAAAAUCCCAUACAUUAUUACUGCUAUUACUCUGGCAAUUAAAUCUGUUGCUGGAGUGGCUGAAAUACCCUUACUUUAUCUAGUGUCGAAUAAACAAAAGACACUUUUUAGCCAGAAGAAAAGAAAUAAAAAGGAAAAAUUCUUACCUAAGCAUAAUUCAAAUAGUUGUUCAAAAUUCAGAUUAAUCAAGGUCUAUCAAAAUUAAAGACCAAUUUUCAUCUGGUGAAAAUUGGCAUCUCUUUAUUUUCUUCAAUGGAUUUAUGCUGGUUUGCAACUGAUGAGGAUCUGCUCUUAACAAGACCACAGCUUCAGAUAGAUUUUAUUUCUCUGGUUUCACCCUUUUCCUUGGGUUUCCUUUUCUAUCAGCAAAGACUGUAAAAUUAAUUAUGCAAGUCCUUAACCCUGGGGGGAGGGGGGGUCCUACUCAGGCCACCAUUGUUCUACUCUUAUGGAAAAGAGUUUAUUAGUAGAUAUUUUUCAGUGCUUCUGGAC